GAGUUUCCAGCUGCUGUCGCUGUCUGCGGACACAGCGGCCAGUUUCAGAGGUGGGUGGCACUGCUUAAAUCACGUUAUUUGGAAUACAACUGAGCUGCAAGUCACUGCAAAAGUUACCGGACGAGCAGAGCUACCGUCGGGUGAGGUGAAGAUGGUGGACCGGCUUGCGAACAGCGAGGCCAACUCUAAGCGGAUUGCGGUGGUGGAGGGCUGCUUUGGUGCUGCAGGCCAGCCGCUGGCCAUCCCGGGCCGUGUACUGAUCGGCGAGGGCGUCCUCACCAAACUCUGCCGCAAGAAGCCCAAGGCGCGGCAGUUCUUCCUCUUCAAUGACAUCCUGGUCUACGGCAACAUUGUCAUCCAGAAGAAGAAGUACAACAAGCAGCACAUCAUCCCGCUGGAGAGCGUCACCAUCGACACGGUGCCGGACGAGGGCGACCUGCGCAACGGCUGGCUCAUCAAGACACCCACCAAAUCGUUCGCCGUCUAUGCUGCCACCGCCACCGAAAAGUCCGAGUGGAUGAACCACAUAGGGAAAUGUGUUGGAGACUUGCUGCAGAAGAGCGGAAAGUCCCCGACGGGCGAGCACGCCGCCGUGUGGGUGCCUGACUCGGAGGCGUCGGUGUGCAUGCGCUGCCAGAAGGUGAAGUUUACGCCGGUCAGCCGCCGUCACCACUGCAGGAAGUGUGGCUUUGUGGUUUGUGGGCCGUGCUCAGAGAAGAAGUACCUCCUUCCCAGCCAGUCUUCUAAACCCGUUCGUGUUUGCGAGUACUGCUACGUGCAGCUGACGUCGGGAAGCCUCGCGCCCCGCUCAGACUCCAUCAGCCGGUCAAAGUUCAACAGCAACAACCUGUCGGACGACGAAGACGAAGACGACAGCAGUGACUGAGGAAUGCCCCGUCCUCCCGACAGCCUGUCCCGAGGAGGAAAUACUCUGCUGAUCAUUUUUCUCAUUUUGUCUCUUUUUUUUUUUCCUCCCAGAUGAUUGAAUCGUGAUUCUUGUGACAAGAGUUCCACCUCUGAGGAUUAUUUUAUUAAUUCGCUUUGGAGUUUCAGUCUUGUCUGCAAACCAAAAUGAUUAUUUUUUUUUCCCCCUUUGAUUCCAGCAGGGAUACAUAUUUUCCUGAACACAGUGAUUAAUCAGUGGAAUGUGGAAUUAACUUCAUGACCAGCAGAACUCUGGGAUAAAGUCUGACUGUUCAUCAUCGCCGCUCGGUCCGCCCUUCUCUCUCGCCUCUUAAUUAGGCUGCAAUUAGUCACUACAGAAAACAACGGUGCUAAUGAGAAUCUUCCGCUCUGCUCUGUCCUACUAUUAAUUUAAUUUCUCCUUCAUUUUUUUCUUUUUUAUGUUCUGUCCGUGAACUAAAACAAGGUAAUUUCUGCAGGGAAAAGCAAAUGUUUGGGCCUUUAUCUCCUCUGUCCUGCAGGUGUUACACCAAACAGGACGUUAUUGUGACCGAAUUCUGGCAUUUUUCUACCCGACUUUGUAAAUUUGUCAUGAGUAAAACGCAAAAAAACAACCCUUUUUAUAAAUAACAAAAUGUAGAUAUUACGCUAAACCCAGAGCUUUUCUAAACGAUGUAGUUGCUUCUGACAAAUCAACUAAACCUCGUCUCACGGUGAGUCUCUCUUAGCACACUUUUUGUGAGUUUCCUCAGCUGACAUCCCAAAAAAAAACUAACUCUGCUUUCUGCCUAUGCCGUCACGUAGUGCCUUGUAGGAAAUUGAGCUCAGUAAGGAAAAGGUUAUAAGUUAAUAAAACCAGUCUGCAAAAAAACAGGGACUUCAUGAGAGGUUGGCUCUGAUGCACAUUACAUAGGAUGGGCUUGUUUUUUUUUUUUGGUUUCGUGUGUCAGAAAAGCAGGAAAAUCACCAACCAGCCGACACGCAGGAAGAGUUCAAUUUGGACUUUUCCUGGAGACACUUGAAAGACACUUUAACCAGCGAUCCAAUCUUUAAAAAGGCAGGCUCUGGCUUUCAGAUUUAGCUGCUAAUAUUCUUUUUUUUUUUUCUCAAGGGGAAUUAUGACCCAUCACCUGAACUUGAAGAACCUGUGAGGAUUUAGGUUCUGCCUUGUGUUUCCACUAUGCUUUACAAAAUACAGAAGGGAGUGUUGAUAAUGGACGCAUACAUGUGAACAUCUCACGUUUGCCUACAUGCAUCCUUGAGAAACAUCUAAACAGAAUGGCUCACUACAUGAAACAUACAUGCCCAUGACUAGAAAAUGUAGAGAAACUAGCCUCUUGUGCCACAAAAUUGUGCAAAAUGGAUAAUUAGGCAGCAAAACGUCUGACUAUCACCUGAUCACGGCCCACGUCUUUAUGCAGCGCUUGUCUCAACACGUGUCCUUCAUUGACAUGGCUUUUUUUUUUUUUUUUUCUGUGUUGCUAAACAAGCUGUUGCAUCGCACCUCUCCUGAGAAUCCCUGGAACUUGGAUUUAGUAUCACCUCAUGGGCGGAGCACUGUGGAAACAAAAGACAAGAAGAAGUGGUGACGGCUGCCCAUUAGGGUGUGAGUCAUUAGUUGCAGGAGUGGGGUAAAAAGAUGGAGCUCUUUUCCUUUUAGUUGCAGGCUUGUUUAGAGGCUGUGUGACCAACAGAGGUGUGCAAAACACUGAUUGAGCUCAAGUGUGAUUUCUUUUUGGUAUGAAAAAAAUUAAUCGGGAACGUCAGAUAAACAUAAUGCUUCACACAGAGCAGAGAGCAUUCUGUAACGCUCAGCUGAUACCUCCAGUGAAUGAAUGAAAUUAAAUGAAAUGCAAUAAUCAGUAAGUGUUAGGGCUUGUUUUGUGUAUCCUUUUGUUGUCGCGGGAUUAUGUGUUGCGCCACAGCCUGCGCAGCGCCUCCCUGCUCUGGUUCUCUGGAAUGAAAGUGAGGAAAUCAGCACGUUGUCUUCCUGUCAGCGGCUCCACCAUGUGCUGCUCUGAGGUCAGACGGCCGCAAUGUGUCAUAAAACAAACGCACCUCCGCUGAACUCCGCUCCUCUGCCAACACAAGCUAACACGUCCUUCCUUCCGUCCGUCCUUCCUUCCUUCCCUCCUUGCGUCCUUCCUUACUCGUCAGCAGAACUUUCCUAUGGAAAGCGCGGCCUGCUUAUCACAUGACUGUGUGUGUAACCCAAGUCAUGUGAUCAGUCGCUGAACCAGGAACUGAAAGAGGCUGCUGGGAGGAAUUGUAACGAGCUACCUGCGGCAGCCUGCGGAGAGUUCAGGUUGAUUUACUCUCACAGAUGUUAGUGUCACCAGUUUCAGUCGGGAGUUCCUCUUCCCAGUGACUCCUCUGAAGAGGUUCAUUCCUCAAUGUUCAAAAGAACUGAUUUGCACUUAGAAACACCAAAACUUUUAUUCCGGCAUGGUUUAGAAAGUAAUUAGUCUUCAAAGUUGGGAACCAAAACCUUAUAACAAAACUGCAAAUUAAUCAAGUUAACAUGAAGCCAGUUUGUGGGAUCAUUCUCCAUUUUUCCUGCCGUUAGAGGUUUUCACAGUUCCAUUUAUUUCUAAAAGUCUCAGACACAAACCAGGACCUUUAGAGCCCCUCAAACCUUCAUUCAAUCUUCAGCACAUUUAAUAGUCCUGCUGUGUUGCUUCAGGUCUCAUAUCAGUCAUUAAACAUGAACAGCAAAUACACACUUUGAGACAAAUCAAACGAGCGGAUACGCAGCUGUCCUGUUUCUCUGUCACUCACUGACAACUGAGAAAAGCAGCAGUUUGUUCAGACUGACACAUCCUGGUGGCUCCACCUUAAGCAGGUGUUCAGACCAGAGCGGCUUUGUGCUGUUGGACACCGCACGAAGGUUUAUAAUGCUCUGAGACAGGAUUUUACACCCCUUGAAAGGAUUAUUUUGUCAUCACGAUGGUUGCAAGGUAACAAGCAGAAAUUCGUUACAGACUCAUCUACCAGAUAUGCGUGUGUUUAAUUCAACUUGAUUUGAUGCUGGAUGAUGUUUCCUUGUGUUGAAGCAAAAGAGCCAGGUUCAGCUUUUUUUUUUUUUUUUGACUAACUUGCGAUUUUAAUAAGUGAAAACAGCACAUCAGCAGCAGCAGCGCUAACUCCUCUACCGUCUGUGAUUAUUCCCGUAGCUUAGAAGGGAUUUAAACAUAUGCAGCUACCAGUUUAAAAUGUGAGCUGCUGUGAGGUCAGUUUAGAUUGAAUAUUGAGUUCAUUAUCUGUUCAUUCAGACAAACGAUGACUAAAACACCUGCUAAUGUGGUUAAUUUCCCACAUUGGUCAUUGUGGACUUGUUCUCUGGGUUUCUUCUCAUGUUUUUCCUCAGUUUAAACGCAGAACGCUGUGUGCUUCAGGUUUUUGGAAUGAAACUCCUCAGAGGUGUUUUAUAAAACAGUCAAAGCGACGAGUUAUCUCUGACUGUGUUUUAGAGACUUGAGUUGGGACUGGAAACUGAAAUCUUUUUUUUUUAACUUUAUCUGAGAUCAAAAAGGGGAAAGAAAAAACAAAUUUAGCUGCUUCUAACGAAAUGCUCACCCUUUACGAGCGACACUUCUCUGAGUGUCUCUAGAUGAUUAUCUACAUUUUGACUUCAACAGUCAGAGCAUUAUUAUUUUUCUACAGUCAGUUAUGUGCAUUUUUUGACAAGGUUUUGGUUGUAUAAAGCAACGCCUCAUUUGAGCUGCAGCACAGCAGAACAGGCAGAAGAAAAGGGAUCGUUUUCUUUUUGUCUUUAGACUUUACAGACUUACGUUGCUGUUAGUGCUUACGUUGCUACAGUAAAGGCAACCUAAGUGAUUAGGGAAGCUAACAUGUUAAUGAUCACUAACCAGCUGUCCUUUAUACCCACUGGGGCUGAGGUGCUGAUGGAGACGACGACUUUUACCGUCAAACCCGGAAGCACAAAGUCCGGCCUCAGGUUUGCUGUGGAUUGCACUUAACAAAAGUUGGCACAUGGACUCUGAUCCAGGUUCUUACCACAUACUGUCAGAUCCACAGUGACUCUGUUGGAUGUUUUGAAAAUGAAUCUUCAUGUUGUUUUAAUCCUGUUGAUUUUUGUACAUUUGUACAGAUGUGUUUUGGGUUAUGAUGUUUUUUGUUGUACAGUUCUAAUCAGUUCUGAAAUGACGCUGUCUCGGGUCUCCCUGUGCUCAGCCCUCCUCCUCCUCCUCCUCCUCCUCCUCUUCCUCUUCCUCCUCUUCCUCCUGUCAGGACAUCUCAGCAGCAUCUGCAGCUUUUUGACACUCGCCUCACGAUUACCAAACAGGUCGGAGGUCGUCUUUAUGACCACGUCACGGCAGCAGGUUGAUUCCUAAACUGAGCAGAUGCUGUGAUGAUAUUUUCCAGGUGUUAACUACAUCUGUUUUGUUUUUUUUUCUAUCAACUUCUGCUCCUCAGAAAAGUCAGCAGCGAUUCAUUGCAACAUCCACCAACAUUAUGUGGGAGUUUGGAUCGCUGUGCUUUAAUGUGCACUUUAGUAACCUGGUCACACUCAGUUUCCUCCAGCUAGCCGGCCGUGGAGAACACUGAUUUCUUGGCAGUGUAAUUUCAGGACAGGACGGAAAAGUGUUGCAGCAGCUGGAGGAAAUUACAAAUACCUCUGCUGCAAUUAAAAAUGUGUUCUUGUAUUCAAAAUAACUCCCAAGUACAACGCUCCAGGUAGCUCUGGGAAGCUAAAUCUGUUGAAGGUUUAAAAUUUAAAAUGUGAGAAAGAAACUCAAGCUGGUCAGACACGGAUCAGAUCCACCGAAACAAAAACAAACAGGAAAACUGAUCGGAUAAAUAAGUAAUGUUCCUGAAAUAGCCUCAGGCGUGGAAGAGAAAUCUGAUUACUGUGCUGCUGCAUGCAUAUGCAGAUCUGCUUGUGUUCUCUGAUUACCUGCCAAACCUGGUUUCUCUGAGUCACCUGGUAACUGGAGUACAUUUAAAGACAUGACUUGGUUUCCAACAGUUGAGCGAUCCAGGAUUUCACACGUGGCCUGUGCUGCCUGCUCAGAACUCUGGUCUUGUUCGCGGUCCGGCUGUUGGCGUGUUCACACUGUGAGCCACGUGGUUGACAAGCAGCUUUAUGCUGAUUGUAGAUUUACAGUUUAGUUACACCUGGGAUGCUUUUUGUAAACAGCAAAGCUUUGAUUGAGAAGAUAAUGUAAAUGAAUGGUGCUUGGAGCAUUUUUUAAGCAGUUGGGUGGCGAAACAAGGGCAGAGAAGGUUAUGCUAAUCAAAAAAAACAUUAAAAGAACGGUUCUUCAGCUCAGAGAGUCAGUUCAUAUUAGCUGCUUUUUUUUGCAGAAUAUUGAUUCUUCUUGUCAGUAACCUAAAUGCAGAGCUGCAAGCUUUGUAGCUACACUGACAAUUAAUCAUUCAUCUUGUCUAGUCUAGUUCCAGCCCUCUGAGUCAUCACGCGUCUUCGAUUUCACAAGUCGGACGGAUUAAAGCUGGGAGUGUCUGCGGGAUGCAAGCCCACGAGGGUACGAAGUUAUGACUCCAUGGACAGCAUGUGCACUGUCCAUUUAUGAAGAUCUCUUGCCGAAAAUAAAAAACACAAGCGAGUGUAGAAAAGCUUCCCGUCACUCUUUCUGUGUUCGCUGACGAGGUGUGAAUAGAAAACACAAACAAGCUGUGAUAUGACAACGAAACCACAGUUGAGCCGGAUAUAGAUAUAGAUAAAUAUAGAAAUUGGACAAAGAUCACCUUGAAUUGCAGGUGAUUUUCAUAAUAAGAGUCGCAAAGUGAUUAACAAUAGAAUCAGAAAUGUGCAAAAUUAAUGAGAUGGCGAGAAGAAUUAUGAGUUGAUCAUCAAAUAAAAUCUUAAAACAAACCCUAAUCUGUCAGAAGGCUCAUCACGGUCACCCACUAAGUCUCAUAUCUUUAUUUAAACCAGCUUACAAAGAUAGAAAAUGAAGAAAGGUGAAUCUAAUAAAUCAACUGAGCACUCCUUGUUGAUCUCACGCUGCUCACACUGUGAACACACCAUUAACGAGACUAAUGACAUGUUCAGGUGUCUGACGGUCGAUCAGAGAAAAGCUGCAGAUUCUGGGCUCUAAAGAAUAAAAAAAAAAACCCGAGGAGACGACUUAGGACAGCUGAAGGAGAGAUCAUUGUGUUAUGUGAGUUUGGUUUUGUUGUGCGAGCUGCUCACUCGCUCGCGUCUCAUGGAUUCUUACUGUUCUCUCUUGGUUGCUAUGUGAUGGUUUUUAUUUUGGUGUUUUUUCUUUUUUUUUUCCUCUAGUUUUUUUUUUUUUUUUUUAGGGGGGGUCAUUUUAAUUCUUUUUAAAAGCUUCUUUUAAAAAAAAAACAAAAGGGCUUCAAUCAGAAUGUAACCCAGCAUAUCAUCUUCAAUACUAAUUCCUUCAGAAAUCUUUAAGUAUAUGUUAUGUAUAAAUAAUGUAUUGCUUAAAGUCA